AUGCAGAAUCCUGAAGUUCGGCCGUUGGCCGAGCAAACUCCCGAAGGCCUCCAAAAGCUGCUCCCAGAAAUACCACUCUGGAUAAAAAAUCCUGAUUACGAUCGGCUCGAUUGGCUAAACAAAUUCGUCGAGUAUAUGUGGCCUUACUUAGAUAAGGCAAUAUGCAAGACGGCAAAGCAAAUAGCACAGCCCAUUAUAGACGAGCAAAUUCCGAAAUACAAAAUCGACUCGGUAGAAUUUGAAGAACUUACUUUGGGAAGCCUGCCGCCUACUUUUCAAGGAUUAAAAGUAUACAACACUGAGGAGAAAGAAUUGAUAAUGGAAUUAGGAUUGAAGUGGGCAGGUAAUCCUAAUGUACUUGUUGCUGCUAAGGCCUUUGGAUUGAAAGCUACUGUACAGGUUCUUGAACUGCAAGUGUUUGCAUCUCCGCGUAUCACUCUAAAGCCUCUGGUCCCGAGCUUUCCCUGUUUCGUAAAUAUACAUGUUUCUCUCAUGGAAAAGCCUCAUGUCGAUUUUGGAGUGAAGUUAUUAGGGGCUGACCUUAUGUCGAUUCCCGGUGCAUACAGAAUCGUACAGGAAAUUAUAAAGGAUCAGGUAGCAAACAUGUAUUUAUGGCCAAAAAGAUUAGAAGUCCAAAUAAUGGAUCCUACAAAGGCAAUGAAGAAACCAGUUGGGAUUCUAAAUGUGAUUGUUGUGAGGGCAAUUAAGCUAAAAAAGAAGGAUCUUUUAGGGGCAUCUGACCCUUAUGUGAAGCUAAAACUCUUAGACGAUGACCUCUCAACCAAAAAAACUACUGUCAAACAUAGCAAUUUGAAUCCCGAAUGGAAUGAAGAGUUUAGUUUUGUCGUUAAGGACCCCGAAACCCAAGUUUUGAGCUUUCAAGUGUAUGACUGGGAACAGGUCGGGUCGCAUGACAAGAUGGGCUUGAAUGUGAUCCAGUUAAAGGACCUAACUCCAGAGGAGCAAAGGACCGUGACACUCGAUCUCUUGAAAAAUUUGAACCCUGAUGAUGCUCAAAAUGAGAAGUCCCGAGGCCAGCUUGUGGUUGAGGUCAACUACAAACCAUUUAAGGAAAAUGAAAUGCCGAGCAAUCUUGAAAGGGUCGGUGAAGUCCAGAAGGCUCCGGAAGGAACACCCGAGGGUGGUGGUCUACUUGUAGUUUUAGUGCAUGAAGCUCAGGAUUUGGAGGGAAAAUACCAUACUAACCCAUCCGUACGUAUCAACUUUAGAGGAGAGGAGAAGAAAACUAAGUUCGUACUGGACGAGCCGCCUUCUAAUGAUAGAAUUCAUGUUGAGGUUGUGAGUACUUCUAAACGUAUGGGUUUACGGCAACCUAAGGAAAAUCUUGGUUAUGUGGACAUAUACCUAGCGGAUGUUGUCAACAACAAGCGGAUUAACGAGAGGUACCACCUUAUCGACUCGAAGAACGGUAGGAUUCAGAUUGAGCUGCAAUGGAGAAGUGCAGCUUGA